UGUGCUCAUCAGCCUAUUCCCGGCUCCCGAUCUCCCCGAGAAGUGGGGAGGAAGCUGCAACCCGUAGUCUGAGAAGAACGAAGAGAGACUGGAGAGCCGCCCUAUGGAAAAGCACCUGGGGGUUCUGGUCGACAGAGAGCUGAACGUGAGCCAACAGUGUGCUAAUUAGCUAAUUACAGGCACGAACGCUGUGACCGCCCCGCCACUCAUCGCCGCGCACCACGGAGGGUUCCUGCCACCGGGACGGCGAUGGCGCCGCGGGCACCGCCACUCGCGUUGCGGGACGGGAGCUGACUCCUGAAACUUUCCCACCCGGCUUUCCCGGGCCGGACCGGACCGGACCAGUGAUCAGUCGCCUGCCGCGGAUGUCUUUCUGGUAAUAUAUUGGAGCCAUGAUCGAGUUUCUGGCUACACUAUUACCUGGUGAAGAAGAUGUUCCCUUUCAAAAUUAUUUUACUGGUUCUGUUCUUAUGCCUGGUUUGUGCUGGGCUUGGAAAGGGAAAGGUGGUGCCACAAGCUAAGGAAACAAGCGUGAAGGUGGGCGACAACGUGACUCUUGGCUGUGUCCUGACAGAACCCAAGGAUGUUCUGCAAGUGACCUGGCAAAAGAAUGCUGAAACAUCAGUCAAAAAUAUAGCUACGUACAGUACCAUAAAAGGAUUAAAGAUUCACAAGCCCUAUCAGGACCGAAUGAAUUUCACCAGUCUGGUACUCAAUGAGACAAAGAUCACUUUCUGGAACACUAGAAUGGAUGAUUCGGGGUGCUACACUUGUAUCUUCAACACUUUUCCUUCAGGCUCCAUCUCAGGACAUACCUGCCUUCAUGUCUUUGGUCUCAAUGCAUCUGUCCAUUACAACAGUUCUGGAGAUAAUUUGGUAGCCACCUGCAAUGCUGUUGGCCUCCCAGAGCCCACCAUCACCUGGAACAACUUGUUCAAUUCUGUUCCUACACAGGAGACAGUGAGGCACACCAAUGGGGUGGUGUCCAUCACCAGUAAACUGGAGAUAAACACUCAGAACAUCAGUGGGCAGAACUUGAUCUGCAGAGUUAACAACACAAAUGAGAAAAUGGAAUUGCCCGUGAAAAUAGAAGGAGAUGAGGGAUCCUCAUCAUUGCUUUGGGUGUUAAUUCCUGUGGCGAUUGUAAUUGUCAUCCUAGCUGUGAUCAUUCCGUAUUGCGGGAAGAGGAUAUGCAGGAGGCGUUGAAGUGGAUCCUAGAAGAUUUCUAUUCACCUACCAAAUCAUUCCAGUCCAUCAUCCUGAAGUCAACUUCACAAACAGUGACUUGACUGGCUGGAAUGCAACAGCAGAGAAAGGGAAAUAUCACACAUAAACUACCAUAGCUAGAUGCCAAUUUGAUUAUCAAAAAGACUAUGCAACGUUUUUUUAUCUGGCCAAGAUGCUUUAAAAAGUCUUGCUCAGUCUGCUCCUUUGCUGCCUUGCAAAAAUUUAGUUCACUUGUGCUGCUCUUGGUACUCCUAGCAUGCAAAAUAUGUUUUCCUCCUUCCAGAUGAGUUUUGAAAAUACCCUUGGAUUGAAGCUAUUUGGGGAUCCUCUUCGUGUGCCUAAUUACUGUUGCAGUGAAGAGGGGUUUAAUUUUUACCAACAUUUUUCUGCAAUUUCACUUUCAACAACUCUCUAUUCAUCACCCUCUUCCUGGUAUCUGUUUUUCCUUCCCUUAUCCAGUUGAUCUGAAUCUUUUUCCUCAGUCAAUGUGUGAAUGUGUCAGUGACUAUACUGCUUAACUCUCUCUGGAGAGAGCUGCUGGGCUUAAAAACACAGGACUUAAAUGAUGCCAAAUACACAUAAAUUAUUGUGGAAGAGCAAUAGGGCUCCAAACAGGUAAUGGAUAGAGGCAGUAGCAGCCACAGUUGGGAAAGAAGAGGGACCUGGACAGACUGGAGAGUUGGGCUGAUUCCAA